AUGCACAAGACUCGCAUUUUCGGACCAAGUCACUCUAUGUCGGGCGUAGCUCAGUUCGGCGAUAUCCUUGGAAUGAUCGAUCCCAUUAUCAAUGACGAGACUUCGAAAGUGAUCCUCGAAAUGCAAAAAUGUAAACAUUUGGGCAAGAUCAUCAAGGAACGACGAAGGCCUCCAUGGCCUACACCCAUGACUUCGGACUUACCCCCGAAAGAAAUGGCUGAUACAUUGGUGGAAAUCUACCUGCGAACAACGGAGACUAUCUAUCGGGUUUUCCAUGUCCCGACAUUUAGAAAGGAAUAUGAUUCUGUCUGGUCUCCCGUAGCAUCCCCUGAUACCGCGUUUCUCGUCCAGUUGAAACUGGUAUUGGCAAUUGGCGCGACGAUGUACGAUGACCGCUUCACGUUACGACUUUCUGCUGUUCGGUGGAUCCACGAGGCACAAACUUGGAUCUCAGAGCUUGAGAUCAAAUCCCGAUUGAAUAUUCAGUAUCUACAAACUCAGAUCUUGCUCCUGCUUGCGCGUGAGCUUGUUGGCGUCGAGGGAAGCUUCAUCUGGGUCUCGGCCGGAGAGCUCAUUCGGAACGCCAUGUACAUGGGUCUCCACCGAGAUCCGGAUAAUCUGCCUAAGGGUACAACAUUUGUGGCCGAGUUCCGUAGGAGGGUAUGGAACACUGUGUUGGAACUCGCACUUUAUUCAAGCAUGGAGUCUGGUGGACCACCUCUCCUCUCACUCGAAGACUUUGACACAAACCCACCGCAGAAUUUGGACGACGAGCAAAUAGUGCUUGAGAAUCCUAUGAUAAAGGCGGAGAAGUCAUUCACGAAUAUGUCAAUCUCGCUUGCUCUCAGAAGGAUGUUCCCAGUUCGACUCGCCAUCGCGAAACGGUUGAACGGAAUCAGUGACCAUAGUGGAUACGCAGAAACUCUCCGACUCGACGCAGAGCUGAGGGCGUCUUAUAAAAUCGCUUGUAAAGAUAUACAAGCUCACAGUGGUAGUGUUUCAGCCGCACCUUCAGAGUUUCAGAAACGGUUACUUGACUUCAUCCUCCGCCGCUUCCUGGUUGCACUCCAUGCACCUUACUUUCCCGCAUCACAACAUGAGACCACCUACGCAUUCUCCAGAAAGGUGAUUGUCGAAAGCUCACUCAAAAUAUGGAACUCCAUUUACCAUAAUCCAGCCGUGGUAAUAUCUGCUGAAUGCGCGGGUAAUAGCGCCCAGAAGCAACAUGAUUUUUGGCGAAUGGCGCUCUGCGGAAACAGGGGUCUAAGGUCAGGUGCCGUGCAAGCAUGCUUCCUAAUUGCUGCCGACCUCAGAGCACAGCUGGAGGAGGAAGAGGGCCUUGGCCCUGUCACACUGAGACAUGACUUGUUGUCUGUAAUAACUGAUUGCAAGUCAUGGUCAUUGGAUGCUUUCAGGGCUGGGGAAACAAAUGCCAAGGGGUACAUGUUUCUCGCAAUGGUUUCAAGCCUGUUAGACGGGCUUAAGAGCGGGGUUCGAAAAGACCAGUUGGGUCAAAUGCUUGUCGCGAGCGCCGAGGAGGCGCUAGCAAGUUGCAUAGAAAUAUUUGAGGGAGUGCUCAAUGAAGGUUCAGACGAGGUUGAGAUUUCUGUGGAUGAGAUUGCUGAUAUUCCGUCAUAUUCUCUACCGGAGCUUAUAGGAGAAUGGAGUUUUAUGGGCCAACAAAAUCAAUUCGACUUUGGUGUUACCGAGCCAAUGAACUGGGUGUAUACCGGGUAUCCCUAG